AUGUUUCUCACAGCUGGUCUGUUCCAUCGCUCUGCGAUUGCUUGUUGUUAUUGCCUGUUGCCUCCAAUCCAUAUAAUUCUUCCCAAUCAUCUGGUUCAUGUACCAACCAUCGACUCGAAGCGAGGACAUGGGGAUGUCCCUCCCGGCGAGGCGGCCGUCAUCCUCAUCACGAUUGUCACCACCUUUAUAAUUCUUCGCAUCCAGCGCGGCCCCGGCGUCACCUUCUGGGCGCUUUUCAAUCUCCAACCCAUUCCCAAACGACCCCAACCCUCGCCCGAUACUGAAGCCGGCAAGAAAGACCCCCAUAAAGACAUCAUCAGCCCAGUCCCAACAGCACACGUCCCCCGGUCCUCUCUCCACAAAGAACUCCAAAUCAAAACGAGUCCCGUCCGUCAUCAAUCGACGCGAUCCUCCCUCCCACAGAAAUCCAUUCGCACCAUGUCCGAAACCAACCUCAAGGAAGAGAAACUCCAGGUCCAACCUCUCCAGCUGAAUCGGAUGCGCGCGAGUACGCGGUCGUCGGGCACCAUUCCGAGUCGAUUAUAUCCGCCGAGCGAGUUCUCGGUCCCGGACAGUCCGGUGAUUGUGUUGCCGUCACCGAGCGAUCUACAGAAGUUUCGGAUUAAUGUGAAUCGAUGA